CCAGGCUGCCCCACGGCUGGAGCGCGGGCUCUGCUCUGGGCGGCCUGGGGGUCCGAAGCUCAGUGCGCCCCGCCCUCUGCGGGGUAGACAUGGCUGAGGCCUCGCAGCAGCACCUGUCGCUGCCCUCAGGGCUGGUGGAAUUGUGUGCACUACUGGGCGCCCCUCGCGACAGCCUUCGCAGCCUUGAGCAGUUUUCCCAGAAGAGGGGAGUCAGAAGCCUCUCUUCCCUGGACCCAGAGGUUCUAUCUGUUUUUGUGCCUCCUUUUAUCAGUAAAGAGGACAGCCAGUGGGCCAGUGGGAACUAUGCAACUCUAGGGAAAGGUAGGAGGCGCUCCUUCAGGAAGAAGAGAGAGAAGCCCAAGACAGAGCCCUGGAAAGGCCCCCCAGUGGAUUCCAAACGGCAUGAUUCUGAAGACAUUAGCAUCCCAGGCGGUGUGGAUCUCCUUGCCCUGCCCCAGCUGUGCUUCCCAGGAGGAAUGCACGUGGCCUCAGAACCAAAGGAAGACCAUGUCCAUUUUCUGGUGCUGACUGAUGUGUGUGGGAAUAGGACCUAUGGCGUGGUGGCCCAGUACUACCGACCCCUGCAUGAUGAUUGCUGUUUCUACAAUGGCACUGCACACUGGGAGCCAUCGUGGCCGAGUAUAGUUGGUGUGGCUGGCUGCUUUGUGCCCUUUGCAGUGUGUGUGAUCUCCAGGUUCCCCUACUACAACUCCCUCAAGGACUGCCUCUCUUGUUUACUGACUCAUCUGAAGCUCUGUAAGGACUUUGAAGUAGACAAUCAUAUAAAAGAUUUUGCUGCGAGACUAUCAUUAAUACCUAGCCCCCCACCUGGACCACUCCAUUUGAUGUUUAACAUGAAGCCACUGCACGUCGUGUUUCCCUCCCGAGCAGACCCUGAGAGCCCCGUCAUUGACCUGGACCUUCACUUGCCUUUGCUGUGCUUCCAGCCUGAGAAGGUGCUGCAGAUCCUAUCCUGCCUUCUAACGGAGCAGCGGAUUGUGUUCUUCUCCUCGGACUGGGCCCUGCUGACUCUCAUCGCUGAGUGCUUCAUGGUCUACCUCCACCCCCUACAGUGGCAGCAUACCUUCGUGCCCAUCCUGUCAGCUCUCCUGGCGGGUGGGAACUGGAGGCUCACUGUGGUUUGCCUGUGCAUUUAUUUCCCAGUGACUAAUGAUGUCGAGCAUCUUUUCAUGUGCUUACUGGCAACUCUAAGGGAAGCAGAUGGUUUAAUUCUCAUAGAUAUCGAUCAUGGCAGCAUCACGUGCUCUAAGUACUCAGACAAUGACAUGAACAUCCCAGACAUCCCUCUUCUGGUGGCACAGAUGUUUAUUCAGAGGGUCCAGAGCCUCCAGCUCUACUCUGAGCUGAACCUUGCUCACCUGAUCUCCAGCACAGAUCUGAAUGAGGGCCGUGCCCGUCAACGAGCCUGGCAGCAGACACUCAACUCCCGUAUCCAGCACAUCACCCUGCAGCUGCUUGUAGGCAUCUUCAGGGAGGUGAAGAAUCACCUGAAUUAUGAACACAGGGUGUUUAACAGUGAGGAAUUUCUCAAAACGAGAGCCACGGGGGAGCAGCAGUUCUAUAAGCAGGUUUUGGACACCUACAUGUUUCAUUCUUUCCUGAAAGCCCGGCUCAGCCGCAGGAUGGAUGCCUAUGCACAGAUGGACCUGGAUACCCAGUCCGAGGAAGACAGAAUUACGGGGAUGCUUAUAAGCCCCAGAAGGCCAACAGUGGAGAAGAUGGCCUCGAGGAAGUCCUCGCCCCUGCACACCACCCACAGGCGCAUGGUGGUCAGCAUGCCCAGUCUACAGGACAUCGCCCUGCCUGAGCUGCCGCCACGGAAUGCUUCGCUUCGCAUCAUGGACACCACAGCAAGCAGGAACAGCAGCCCAGUUCUGAAUAUGGCUCCUAAGUCCACGUAUACGUUCAAGAUUCCCGAAAUCCACUUCCCGCUGGUGAGCCAGUGCAUACAGGCGUACCAUGCCAACUUCAUCACCCUGCUGAGCAAGGCCAUGAGCCUGCUGGGCCCUGACAACUCCCUGCUCCUGGCCAGGUACUUCUACCUGCGAGGCCUUGUCCACCUGAUGCAGGGACAGCUGCUGAGUGCCCUUUCAGACUUCCAGAAUCUGUACAAGACAGACAUCCAGAUCUUCCCUGCUGACCUUGUCAAGGGCACUGUGGAAUCUAUGUCGGCCCCUGAGCGCACCCAGGCCGAGCGGACACCUGAGCUGAGGAGGCUCAUCACUGAGGUCCUGGACAAGUCGGGCGAGGCCACCAAGGCAGACGAUGCUGUGAAGCACUUUGAACUGCCCAAGAAGCACAUGCAGCUGGAAGACUUUGUGAAGAGGAUUCAGGAGUCAGGGAUCGUGAAGGACACCAACAUCAUACACAGGCUGUUUGAUGCCCUGACUGUAGGACAGCAGAAACUGAUCGAUCCAGAAACAUUCAGAGAUUUCUACAACUGCUGGAAGGAGACAGAAGCUGAGGCCCAGGAGGUCAGUCUGCCGUCACUGGUGAUGGAGCAUCUGGACAAAAAUGAGUGUGUCUACAAGCUGUCGAGCUCUGUCAAGACCAACCGUGGCGUUGGCAAGAUCGCCAUGACCCAGAAGCGUCUGUUCCUGCUGACUGAGGGGAGACCAGGCUAUGUGGAGAUCUCUACCUUUAGGAACAUAGAGGAAGUCAGAAGUACCACGGUCGCUUUUCUCCUUCUGAGAAUACCCACCUUGAAAAUUAAAAUGGCGUCCAAGAAGGAAGUCUUCGAGGCUAACCUGAAAUCUGAGUGUGACCUCUGGCACCUGAUGGUGAAGGAGAUGUGGGCUGGGAAGAAGCUGGCCGAUGACCAUAAGGACCCGCAGUAUGUCCAUCAGGCGCUGACCAAUGUCUUACUGAUGGACGCCGUGGUCGGCACACUGCAGUCCCCAGGGGCCAUCUAUGCUGCUUCCAAGUUAUCUUACUUUGAUAAGAUGAAGAAUGAAAUGCCCAUGGCUGUUCCCAAGACCACCUCAGAGACGCUGAAACACAAAAUCAACCCUUCAGCGGGGGAGACUGGCCCACAAGCCAUCGAUGUCUUGUUGUACACACCAGGGCACCUCGACCCUGCGGAGAAAGUGGAGGAUGCUCACCCCAAAUUGUGGUGCGCCCUGAGCGAGGGCAGAAUGAUUGUGUUUGAUGCCUCCUCUUGGACCAUCCACCAGCACUGCUUUAAAGUGGGCACCUCCAAGGUGAACUGCAUGGUGAUGGCGGAGCAGAGCCAGGUGUGGGUCGGCUCAGAUGACUCCGUCAUCUACAUCAUCAACGUCCACAGCAUGUCCUGCAACAAGCAGCUCACAGACCACCGCACCGCCGUCACAGGGCUGAUCGUGCAGGAUGGGAAGAAGCCCAGCGAGGUCUACUCCUGCAGCCUGGAUGGGACAGUCCUGGCAUGGAAUGUCAGCACACUGCGGGUGACCUGCCACUUCCAGCUGCCCUGCUGUGGCCUAACAUCCAUCAGCCUACACAGCAACAGCCUGUGGUGCUGCACCGGCGGCAGCAUCGUGGUCGUGACAACGCAUGGCUUACUUUGCCAAGAGCUGAGGAUAGAUGAGGACCUUAGGGAGGCAAAGACCUCUUUCCUGGGCCUGCAGCUCCUCCCCGAGCAGGGGCAGGUGUGGACCGCCUGUGCCGGGCGCGGUGAGGUGUACAUCUGGAGCUUGCAGGACCUGGCCCAGGCUCCGCAGCGGAUUCACCUGCAGGACUGCUCUGAGGUCAGCUGCAUGAUCCGUGUGAAGAGGCAGGUCUGGGUGGGCGGCAGGGGGCUGUCACAGGGAAGACCCAAAGGGAAGAUCUAUGUGAUUGACGUGGAGAGGAAGACGGUGGAAAAGGAGCUGGUGGCACACGCAGACACUGUGAGGACUCUGUGCUCUGCUGAGGACCGAUACGUGCUGAGUGGGUCGGGCAGGGAGGAGGGCAAGAUUGCCAUCUGGAAAGUGGAGUGAUGGGGUAAAUAUGCAUGGACCUCUCUGGAGCUGUGCCCACAGCAGAAACCCUGAAGUCUGGGCGAGGGCUGAGCCACGUGGUCAGUGGGGAAGCAGUCGGGACCUGUGUGGAAUGUGUCCCCUUCUGUGUGCCCAGGACAGACAAACCUCCCAGCCCAAGAGCGGUCCAAGCAGGUGCUCCUCAGGCUGGUGGUGACAGCUUAUUUGAUAACAGCUACCUCUUCUGGGAAGUUACCAUGUGUGCUGUCUGGAAAGUCCCAGAAUCCACAACCAGAGUCUGCACGGGGUGAAUCACAGGUGAUCUGGAGCCCCUGGUGUCUGGUUUUGUGUCUCUUGUACUUCAUUCAUUCAACUACUUAGGUGUCACCAGGAUGAAAAUAGCUGGGCACGAUGGUGAGCCAAGGUGCCCUAUAGUCUUCCAGUGACUUUCCAGCCAGCCUUCUGGGCAUUUGACAGUGACCACUUUGUGGUUGAGCAGGUUUGCACUGCCCAGGCUGCCCCCAUAACAGAUGACCUGCCAGAGGGGAAGGGGCAGCACUGUGAUCAGCUUUGUUCAUUCGGGGCUUGCGCUCCCUUUCUCUUUUCUUUUUUUCCUUCUCUCUCCUCUCCUCUCUUCCCUCUCCUUCUUCACCCUCCUCUUC